AUGGCUCGUGUCUCUCGAUUCAUCGAAGAUUUCGAUCUUACCUACACUGCCACUUCCGGUCACGACAGUCAAAUCACGUUGGCCGACGAAACGAUCCCCCUGGUCAUACCGACCAAGUCAGUGGCCAAAUCGAAGACCAUCACCAAGACCUUCGCGGAAGCUUUCAAAGCUGUCCGAAGCAUGUGUACCAACUGCGUUACCAAUUACAAGCACCAUGUCUGCAACCUCGGCCAGAACGUCAACAUCGCCCAUAAUGAUAGUGAAAACGUCGAAGCCGGCUCGAUCUCUUCCUCUUCAUAUGGUGCUCCCAUGACUUCUGAAGCAGAACUUGAACGACAAUCCAAACGCUACAAUCUGCGCGCUAUUUACGGGCUUUGUCCCGACAGUGAAUCAUCCACCUUUACUGCAUAUACGGCAAAGAAACAACCAACCACCGCCAUCACCAAAGUGCAGGCUACCGCUGAACCGCGAACACCUGAUGCUCCCACCGUCUGGGCUCAGGCUUUUGAUAAAUCGGAAAUUGAAAGCAUUGAGAAGAAUACCAAGGCUACUAUUGAGUUUCUCGGUAUUGAGCUUGAGAUUGAGGUUUAA